CACUUCCUGGCGGAGCCAUGGCUGCGCACCGGGCCGGCCCCGGGGCUGCGGAGCCCGCGCCCCGCCGCCCCGCCCGCCCGGCACCCCCGCCGGGAGCCCCCGCGCCGCGCCCGUAGCGCCUCCAGGUGGCCUCGGGCCCGGACCGCCGCGCGCCGCCGUCGGGGGGCGGGGGCGGGCCUGCCUGGGAGGACCCCGGCCCGGCCAGCGCCUCCCCGCCCGGCCCCCGCGGCGCCCCUUUGUGCCGGGGCAGGUGUGCGGCGGAGCGGGGAGGGGCGCCGCCCGCCAAGGUGGGACCGGUGCCGCCUGGGCGACCGGCCCGCGCGGCCCAGGUGAGUGUCCCCGCGUCCCGCCGGGGGCGCCGGUCCGGGUGGCGUCCCGGCUCCGCCUCCUCUGCCUCCUCCGCCUCCUCGCAGCCGGCUCGAGCCUGCCGGGGCGGCCGUUGUGCCGGCAGUUCCGCCGGGGGUGCCGGGUCCGAGCGAGCGACAGCAGCGUCCCCCGGAGACCCUGCGGGCGACGGACUGUGACCGCUCUUAUGAUGGAGGGAAGCCGGCUGACGAGAGUGUCUCGACCCUACAAGAUCAGCGAAUCUUCAAAGGUGUACCGCUGGUCUGAGCACUCGACCACAGUGCUACAGCGGCUGAACGAGCAGCGCCUGCGUGGCCUCUUCUGUGACAUCGUCCUGGUGGCCGACGAGCAGCGCGUGCCAGCCCACCGCAACCUGCUGGCCGUGUGCAGCGACUACUUCAACUCCAUGUUCACCCUGGGCAUGCGUGAGGCCUUCCAGAAGGAGGUGGAGCUGAUUGGUGCCUCCUACAUCGGCCUCAAGGCCGUGGUGGACUUCUUGUACGGCGGGGAGCUGGCCCUGGAUGGUGGCAACAUCGACUACAUCCUGGAGACGGCCCACCUGCUGCAGAUCUGGACUGUGGUGGAUUUCUGCUGCGAGUACCUGGAGCAGGAGGUGAGCGAGGACAACUACCUGUACCUGCAGGAGCUGGCCUCCAUCUACAGCCUCAAGCGGCUGGAUGCCUUCAUCGACGGCUUCAUCCUGAGCCACUUCGGCACACUGUCCUUCACCCCUGACUUCCUGCAGAACAUCUCCAUGCAGAAGCUCUGCGUGUACCUGAGCAGCAGCGAGGUGCAGCGGGAAUGCGAGCACGACCUGCUGCAGGCCGCCCUGCAGUGGCUGACGCAGCAGCCGGAGCGCGAGGCCCACGCCUACCAGGUGCUGGAGCACAUCCACUUCCCGCUCAUCCCCAAGAACGACCUGCUGCACCGCGUCAAGCCGGCCGUGUGCUCGCUGCUGCCCAGGGAGGCCAACUGCGAGGGCUUCAUCGAGGAGGCUGUGCGCUACCACAACAGCCUGGCGGCCCAGCCGGUCAUGCAGACCAAGCGCACGGCGCUCCGCACCAACGAGGAGCGCCUGCUGUUCGUGGGCGGCGAGGUCUCCGAGCGGUGUCUGGAGCUCAGUGAUGACACCUGCUACCUGGACGCCAAGAGCGAGCAGUGGGUCAAGGAGACACCCCUGCCGGCCCGACGGAGCCAUCACUGCGUUGCUGUGCUGGGGGGGUUCAUCUUCAUCGCUGGCGGCAGCUUCUCGAGGGACAAUGGAGGGGACGCAGCGUCCAAUCUUCUUUAUAGGUAUGACCCCCGCUGUAAACAGUGGAUCAAGGUGGCCUCCAUGAACCAGCGCCGCGUGGACUUCUACCUUGCCUCCAUUGAAGACAUGCUGGUGGCCGUCGGUGGCCGGAAUGAGAACGGAGCCCUCUCUUCGGUAGAGACUUACAGUCCCAAGACCGACGCCUGGUCCUACGUGGCCGGCUUGCCAAGGUUCACCUAUGGCCACGCAGGCACCAUCUACAAAGACUUCGUGUACAUCUCGGGGGGCCACGACUACCAGAUCGGCCCCUACCGCAAGAACCUGCUGUGCUACGACCACCGGACGGACGUGUGGGAGGAGCGCCGGCCCAUGACCACGGCGCGGGGCUGGCACAGCAUGUGCAGCCUGGAGGACCGCAUCUACUCCAUCGGGGGCAGCGACGACAGCGUGGAGUCCAUGGAGCGCUUCGACGUGCUGGGCGUGGAGGCCUACAGCCCGCAGUGCAACCAGUGGACCCGCGUGGCCCCGCUGCUGCACGCCAACAGCGAGUCGGGCGUGGCCGUGUGGGAGGGCCGCAUUUACAUCCUGGGCGGCUACAGCUGGGAGAACACGGCCUUCUCCAAGACGGUCCAGGUGUACGACCGCGAGAAGGACAAGUGGAGCAAAGGCACCGACCUGCCCAAGGCCAUCGCCGGCGUGUCCGCCUGCGUCUGCGCCCUGAAGCCGCGACUGGAGGACAAGAAGAAGAAGGGCAAGGCCAAGAGGCACCAGGACCGGGGCCAGUGACCCCGCCGUGCCUGCUGGGACCUGGUCCCCGCCGCCACCUCCCAGAGUGUCUGUAGACCAGCAGCGACUUCAUAGAACCCUGGAAGCAUUAUGUAUCCCUUAGCAGCUUUUUUUUACUUUUAUGAUUCGUAGUAUUUCUAUAAUAUCACCGUAAUCGAUUAAAUAUUCUACGUAACUUUACAUAUUAUCUUGCUUGAGUAAUUAAACCUCGGCCCAGACAGGAACUAUCCCCUUAUGUCUAUACAGGGCUUCUCUCCACAUUACCCAUUUUGGGGGAUCCUGCAAGCCACCCCCCUGAGAGUAGCUAGGGCAGGGGUUACGUAGAAAUGUUUGCAGCGAAACUAGAGGCUUCGGUGGAACAUUUCAGACCCUCCAGCCCUGAGCCUCCCCAAACCUGGCGGAGCUUUUUAAAAUGCAGAUUCCUGGGCCCCGCCUCAGAAUGACUGCAUCUAAAACUACCGGGAGUGGUGAAGGGAGUGGCUGGAAACUAUUUAACCAGCUCCUGGAGUGACUGAGCAUCAGCCCCAUUAGGGAAUCACUGGCAGGGUCAAGUGCAUUUGUUUUUAUAAGUGGGGUCACAGGGACCUGGAGAGGGUGAGAGAGUGACCAGGGCUCACCAGGUCAGCUAGGGGCACCUGGACUUCUCACCCGGGAGGUAUCCCCCUUAGGAUUUUCUUAUCAAGUGACUGUUGUUUCUGCAUACUCGGUUUUCCUGGUUAGUAAUCUUCCUGAAUUCUAAAAGGGUUUAAGUAAUCAGGGAAGAAGGGAAAACAAGGCCUGAAGCUCUUUAUAAACAUUCUACAAUUUGUGCUUUUUUUUUUUUUAACUUUCUCUUUUUCCUGGCACCCACUGUUUCUGAUGUACUGAGCCCCCAAAUCUACAUUUAUUUCUCAGGAAAGAAAAAGGCAGCACCCUAGAAUUUAGCAUUGUUCUCUGACUCCAUCUCCUAGAAGCAUUUCUUGAAAGCUUUUACAUGAGUGAGUGCACGUUAACCCCUCAGAAGGUUGUUGAGUGUCUCACCAACUCAAGCCACAGGCCCUGGUCCCAGCCACCGGCUGCUAAGUAGUUUUGUGCUGCUGGGCAAAUUCUUCAAUAAGUCGUGAGCUGUUUUCCUCAUUCAUUAAGCAACAGGGUUAGAGGAAAUAAUGGCGAGGCUUCUCCCAGGGGUGAAGCUCUUUCCGUCUGUAUAAGCUAUUAAAAUAUUCAGCACCUCCUUUUGAGAUCUGUGACCACCCUGCACUGAUUUCUGCAGUUACUAGAGCAUCAAGAGUGUGCCCUUUAAGAAGAGUUUGAGACUACUGUCCCAAGACACUGUGUAACACUAAGUAUGAUGGGAGGAAAGGAAUGUGAUCAGUUUUAAUCAUAGGCCAAAGGAGGCAUUAAUGAUCUAUACCUUGGCAGAGAUGAGCAAAUUUCAAGAUGCAUUGGUAGCAUUGAUGUUAGAAUAAGAAUCUCAAUUAACUUUAUUUUAUUUUUGUCUCUUUACUGCACUUCCUUUCUUUCAAGGUUUUCCAUGAUUUUUAUAGCCACCAGGAGAGCUGUGAGUGGACGUUUAAAGCUUCAUUACCCAAAUCAUGGCCCUCUGUUGCUAGUUGGGAAAGGAGUCUGCAUAGUUAGCUAGUUUCUCGUAUAUGGGAGUCUCUAGAGGCUUACACACUGUUGAGAAGUUCUGCAAGGCAUGCAAACAAACCAAAAAACUACACUCUUACUGUGGCUUGACAACCCUUCUGGGUAUUAAAGGCUCUGAGAAGUCCUGCAUUAACUUAACAUUCCAUCAACCAGCAUCUCCAAACUUCAUUGAGCCUGGAACCCUUUUUUGUCUCAUACCCAGUCUCAGCCCUCCACGAAACAUAUUUUGCAGAACUUUUACAAACGUUGGGAUAGCUUAGCCCCUCCCUUUUCCAGGAAAGGGCUCAUUGCUCAAAGACCCUUUAGGAGGCACAGAAUCUAUGGUCUGUUCUCCCUUGCUCAGCCCAAGUCAAAGAGGUGGUCAACCAGAACCCAAGGGCAGGAGGGGAAGAGCUCAUAGACCCUUUGUGCCUUGGGAGACAGAUGACUUUGACCUUGGGAGUGGCCAGCCAUCAGUUUGGAGCCUAAGCCAGCUUGUUUUAUUUUUGACCGCCAGGACGUGUCCCAGGAUGCCGGCCUCUGGCCUCUGUUCUGACUUGUGCCUUGGUCUUACAAUGUCCUGCACCUCAUAUUUUGUGACGUCUCUCCUCCCGCUAUGAAGGCACUUUGUAAUCCACACGGCUUAGAAGCUAAUAUGGAGGUGGAGGGGACAUUUCUUUAAAGGUAGACUUGAUAAGGAAGUGUCCUCUUGCGAACCAACUUCAAAUAAUUGGUGGUGGCUCCACUUACACUAAGAAAGUUCCUUGGGGUCAAUGGCGGGGCCAGCAUGGUUUUCGCGGUCCGUGUUUCAAGAUGGAAAUCACCGCUGUGCAGUCCAACUAAGAAUGGAAGGAAAUGGCUUUAACUCGGUUUGGCAGGGGGCCAUUUGAACUGCAAAAUCUUGAAGGCGUCCUUUCCAACCAAAGUGACAAUUCUUGCAGGCUGCCGUCUUGAGACGAAAACAGCAACAUUUGCCACCGUGUCAACAAAUUGUCAGUGCUUCAGGCGGAACUGUGAGAGUAUCUGGAUCGUUUGUUUUCAUCUUUCAAAAUAAGUAUGGUGGGCUUUUAUUCAGAUUUUGUUGUUUGUCCUGUUUUCCCUCAUUUUUAAAGAACCAGAGUUUUAACUUUAUAUUAGUUGUAGGUUUUGAGUUUGAUCCUCAUCCCAGUUGGAACUUGUUUGCUUAAGACAUAAAUGGAAUAAUGGGAGGGGAUAGAAAAGCUGGAGAAACCCUUGUUCCUUAGAGUGGUCUUUCUGCUGUCGAAGCUGUACAGAGACUGUCUCAGCAACCUGCUUGUAUGGAUGGCUCAAUCAGUAUUUUUAACAUUCUGCUACGUUAGCUAGACUACCGGGUAGGACUUCCAGAUUUUGAUCUGAGCAGGAAACCCACGUGUGUAUUAUAUUCUGAAUGUCCCUCCCCUCACCCCUGACUGACAGGUGACCUGACCUCAUGAUGACUUAAUAGAAACCCCAGAAGCCAACCCUAAGAGGUGUUCAGUUUGGGGUGGAGACCCAAAUGCCAGAAGGGGGUGAAGUCCCUCCCCUGAGGUCCAGGGUCUCCCUGUGUGAGUUCAGGUGAGUUUGCCUGGGGUUCAAAGUCCCUGGCUCCAAGUCUGGGAGUGAAUAACCUUUUGGUGGUUUGAGCAAUGCGGGUUGGGAGAGGACCCCCCACACACACACAAACACCCCCAUAUAGAGCUACCAGCUUGUCUCUACCCUGGUCCUCCAUGGCAUGUGGCUUGGCCAGCUCCAGCCCAAGCAGUACCUCACAGGCCUUUUAGCUCUUGGAGUUUUUCGCUAGAAUCUCAGACUGCUGGUCCCUAACCUGGAGAGGCAGUUCCAGCCAUGGCCUGGCCAUCCUCACUGUCUCUGCAGAUUCUGAGUAUCUUCAGAGGGAAGGAAGGGGGCAGUGUCCUGGCCUCCAGGACAAACUUCUGGAGCAUAGGGCCGCUCCACAGGUACGUGGAGAUCCUGCAGAGUGCGUCUGCCACGCCUGGCAGUUUUUAAUGUUUUUUGAAAUGUUUUGAUACUUUUUGAUACCAUUUGCUAAUAACCGUUUUGUAGGUUGCCUGCCGGGGUUUUCCACCUCACCCCCUGAUCCCCACCCCCUUGACCUUGCACUAGACAGCAGAUGUCCCGUAGUCAGUGCCAGGAUACUGCCCGCCUCAUGUGGCUUUGUCUUGGAUCUUGCUGUCCCCCGUGGCUGUGGUCUGAUACAACUCUUGAAUUUUGUAAGGUCACACAUGGCCAAUGAAUAUGAACCAUGACUGUCUUGGGCCCCCAACUGAGCAAGAGGGCACGGUUAGCCAAGAGGACACUCACUCCCUUAAGACGUCCCCUACUCCUUCCAAAGCUCCUACCUCAGCAGUGUGCACAGAGUCGAAAAGAUACCUGAGGACAGAUCCAUAGAUCACCUUUCUCAUACGGGUUAUUUCUCAACCCAGGGCAUGGCUGGGGUCCUGAUCCACUCUCAUCCACCCAUUCUUUGAAAGAAACUUUAGCAUGAAAUCCACGAAAUCUGUAACAGUGAACCGUCUUGCACUUUAUGGAAUUAUUGCCCUCAGCAUUGGAGGUAGUUUUUUUUUUUUGUGGGUUUGUUUUUGUUUUUUUAACAUGGGUAGAAUUUGUGGCUUCUGAUGAUGUUUUGGGGAUCUCAAGAAAUUGUCUUUUGGUUGCCUUAGCUAAAAGAGUUGAGUGAAUGUACAAAUUUGGUGGGCAGCAGGGAAAACCCCUUGCAGGUUAGUUCUUUGAGAAAAAGAACACCCUUUCAAAGUUACUGGAGGCCAUCUCUACAGGUUUCCUUGAAACUGAAGGACAAAUAAAGUCCUUUGGAAUCAAUCGAAGUUAAUCAUUACCAUCAGCCUUCUGUCAAAAUUAGUAAGAUAUUUGACAAUUAAGUAAUUCAUUGGGUAUGUUCUGGCUACUAAUGCUAUCAAAAUCUGUAAUCAUGUGCUUUUUUUUUUUAAUUUGCUGCUUUUGUAUUUGUAAUUUUAUGACACUCAAAGCUUUUCUGUGUCUUAUUUCUUUAUAAUUAAUUUCCUGCACGUUGAUGUUUUUUCCUUUAAUUCCAUGGAGAGUAUUCAUUUCUCAAAACACAUUAAAACGAUUUGCCUGCUAGGAUAUGGCUUAUUUUAUAAUUGCA